AUGUUGAAUAAAUUUGUGAUAGUUACAUUUUUUUAUUGUACUAUUAAUUUAUAUGCAGUAGGACAUAUCAUUCGACAAGAUCCUAUUGAUGAUUUGUUCAUUUCUCCAGUCAAAUUCGAUUUGAAACAUACACAACUCGGUGAUAACAUAACAUAUUAUUCGUAUCAUAUUCAUGUAUAUUUCCUACAACAGAAUGUGAAUCAAACAAAUGAAGCUAAUCUAUUACGAAAUCGUUUUCUUGAUGAAUUUAAUGUUGAUGCUUGCAAUGACGAGUGUGACACAUGGUGUCCAAAAAUUUGUCAUUGGGAAUUCAAUCAGGCACCCAUUGGACCACAUCCAAUCGGUUCGUGGGGUAUCUAUUUACCUCUUGAACAAUUUAUUGAAGCUGUAUCAUUUAUUUCAAUAUAUCAUGGUAAUCUUACUGUUCUUCUACAUCCUAAUUCUGGUCGUCCAAAAAUUGAUCAUCUUCUCAAUGCAUUUUGGAUUAAAACACUUUUACCACUGGAUGGAGAUCAAUUGACUGAUACUGCACCAAUACCACCUCAUCAAAUUUAA